CUCAACUUGAACGUGACGGCGAUUAGUGCUGCGAAUAAUGCCUCCACCCUGGAGUGCUGGCAGAUGACCACGCCCUUCUCGAUUUCGACCACGUCGGGGACGGCGGGUAGCGCGUCCCUGGACCUGGGUGAUGUAUCGAACCUCACCUACACCGUCCUCCCUGCAGCCUACGAUGGCGGUCUUCACAAUGCACCCCACGCACAAUGGGUCGUCUUCAUAUCGGGUCUAGCCUAUAUCACAUUGCCCACCAAUACAAGUGCGGCUGCCUACGUUCCCGGCGGCGAGUUUGGCGUCAUCUUUGCCGCAGACACCGCUGCCGUGAGCGCCGAGGGCCAUCGCACCCAGUACCCAGGCGUGACCGAAACGGUGGCCCUCCAGAUUCCCGUGGCCGACGGCAAGGUUCCGGACUACGAGGUGUUGCACUCGGGCGCAUGCACCGACACGGAUGUUGGAGGGCUGAGGGGGCUG